GAAUUGAAGAGAGAGAGAGAGAGAGAGAGAGAGAUGGUGGGAAUGGGGCAAUGGUGGGGUCUGGUGUUGGUGGGGCUUGCGGUGAUGGGCGUCGGAGUGGGAGGGUACCCAGAAGAGGAUCUCGUGAGGGAGUUACCGGGCCAGCCCAGAGUUGGGUUCAGGCAAUACGCAGGCUAUGUUGACGUCGAUGCGGCUGCAGGGCGGAGCCUCUUCUACUACUUCGCUCAAGCUGCUGCAGAUCCUCACAGCAAGCCUCUCACCCUUUGGCUCAAUGGAGGUCCAGGUUGCUCUUCAAUUGGAGGGGGGGCCUUCACUGAACUCGGACCAUUUUACCCGAAGGGUGAUGGUCGGGGCCUUCGAAUGAACAAAAAGUCAUGGAACAAAGCCUCCAACCUCCUCUUUGUUGAAUCUCCUGCCGGAGUCGGCUGGUCUUACUCGAAUACAACGUCUGAUUAUAAUUGCGGAGAUGAGUCAGCUGCUAAGGAUAUGUAUGUGUUCCUUUUGAGAUGGUACGAGAAGUUUCCCGAGCUCAAGUCAAGGGCCUUGUUUCUGACCGGGGAGAGCUACGCAGGGCACUACAUACCCCAACUGGCCGAUGUUCUUCUUACGCAUAACGAGAAAUCGACUGGUUUCAAGUUCAACAUCAAAGGAGUGGCUAUUGGAAAUCCGCUUCUCAAGCUCGACAGAGAUGUCCCAGCGACUUAUGAAUAUUUCUGGUCACAUGGCAUGAUUUCUGAUGAGAUUGGCCUUACCAUUAUGAACCAGUGUGAUUUUGAAGAUUAUACCUUCAAUGGCCCACAUAACGUCACAAAAUCGUGCAAUGAUGCCAUCGCCGAUGCUAAUCAGGUGGUCGGAGAUUACAUUAAUAACUAUGACGUGAUUCUUGAUGUUUGCUACCCAUCAAUUGUGGAGCAGGAGUUGAGAUUGCGGAAAUACGCUACUAAGAUUAGUGUGGGGGUCGAUGUAUGCAUGACUUACGAAAGGCACUUCUAUUUCAACCUUCCGGAAGUACAACACGCUCUUCAUGCUAACAGGACAAACUUGCCAUACAGUUGGAGCAUGUGCAGUGAGUGA